UAGGUGUCCAUGUGCCAUUGAAUAGGUGAAGAAAGAUCCCUUUAGAGACAAACACAGAGAGAGAGAGAGUAUGAAAAUGGUGCAAGAGGGAAUCCGAAAAGGUCCAUGGACAGAACAGGAGGACUUCAAAUUGAACUGCUUUGUAGGAUUGUUCGGUGAUCGACGUUGGGAUUUUAUAGCUAAGGUUUCAGGUUUGAACAGAACAGGAAAGAGUUGCAGGUUACGCUGGGUUAAUUACCUACACCCUGGUCUCAAGCGAGGUAAGAUGACACCCCAAGAAGAGCGCCUUGUGCUGGAGCUUCACUCCAAAUGGGGAAACAGAUGGUCAAGAAUUGCCCGCAAAUUACCAGGGCGUACAGAUAACGAGAUUAAGAAUUAUUGGAGAACUCAUAUGAGGAAAAAGGCUCAAGAGGAAAAACAGGCUAUGUCUCCCUUGUCAUCAUCUUCUAAUUGCUCUUCCUCAUCCCCAAGCAAUCCUAUUGCGGAAUCAUUGCCCUUCACAGAGACUAGAGAGAAGAGCUUUCAUGACACAGCGGGCCCUGACAUAAAAGCUUCAGCAGAAAAGCAGGUUGAAGAAGAGCAAGGGGGUGAAAAGGGGUACUCAAUGGAUGAUAUAUGGAAAGACAUUGAGAACACCUUAAUUCCUGGUAAUGAUGGCUGUAUUGAAGAAGGUAGCAGUUUUCCUUGUCCUACUUUGGAUUUUCCAACAUGGGAUCAAUACCAUUCGGAAUCACCAUGGACUAUGGCUGAAGAGAGUAAGAUGUUUCUCCCCGCAUGUGAUCAUUUAUUUCCCUGUUCUGAUUAUGGGACAGCAUAUCUAACUGGCUAAUCAUAAUUUUACUUGGUAGAAUUUGUUCAUAUAUGUAAUAGUGUCCCUAGGAGGAUCUAACCUGUAAAGCAUGGGUUUUCUAUUCAGUCCUGCGUCCUUUCUUUUUGUUGCUAAACCAGUCCUGCAUCCUUUGAAACCAUUGUAAUCAUCUCAUGCAAGAAUAUGUCUGUGUUUUGUGUGUUUAUACUUUCCAGAUAGGAAGAGAGAACUUCAUCAAAUCUCCCAUGAGGAGGUUGGUAAGUUUAUGGAUGUAAUGUAUAAUAUGCCCUUACAUUUCAAAUUUCAAUAAAGCUGCUUCUAUCUAGAGUUAGCAUUU